AUGUUAGCUAUCAAAGUAAGCGAGUCAACAGCGAGAAGGCUUAUGAAAAAGCUAGGAUUUACAUAUAUCACACCUCGCCCAGCAGAUUAUAAACAAGACAAAAAUAAACAAGAGGAGUUCAAAAAAAAUCUCAAUGAAAUUGUGGAAAAGAACCAGCAAAAAGAGGUAUUUCUUUCGAUGAAUCGAGAUUUGGAACAAACUCAAAAAUUGGACAUGGAUGGUUUAAAAAGGGCUCAAGAACACAAGUUAAAAAAAGUGAAAACAUCAACUAUAAAAAAACGUGCCAUUCCUGAAGAUAUUCAGCAAGUAUUACAAUCGGAAAGUUCAGUUGAAGCUUCUUCAAAUGUUAGCAACAUGCAUACAGCUAAAUAUGUUAAGGAAAAACUUGCAGUAACUGUGGAAAAUAGAGGAGGUAACUUGCAAGCUAAAGAUAAUCAACAAGAUCCGCAUCUAGAAGUUCUACCUCCAGUAUCCAAUAGCAAUACUAAUAGUAUAGUUGUUAUAGGGAUUUAUAUUGAAAAUGGAGGAGAAGAAGCGCUGCUGCAUGAGAUAAGCAAGAAAAAACCACUUAUGGCAAACAGAGUUUCCGAAGACAUAGAAAGAGCAGUCGUAAAUAUCGCAACAGAAUUUCCAGCAUAUGGACAACAAAGAGCUUCAAAUGAGCUGAGAAAAAGGGAUUUACGAAGGUGGAAGCAACUUGCAGCUUUAGAGAAAGUGAAAGAACAAAGGGAAGCACAUGGUGAAAUUGAAACAGAGCAUCCUGGUUACUUGAGUUCUCAAGACACUUAUUAUGUAGAAGGGUAUAAGAACAGCAAACUUUCAUUGAUAUCUAUUCAAGAGUUGCUAUGGCAAACAGACAAAACAAUUACUGCCGGAGAUCUUCUUAAUGAUAGAGCCAUACCAUUCUUUGAUGGACAAAAUGUACCAUUAUCCUGCAUUUUGACUGAUAGGGGCUGUGGCAAACCGGAGAAUCACAGCUUUAUUUGCGAAUUGAAAAUAUUGAUCAUUCAAGAACUAAGGCCAAUUCUCCACAAACUAAUGGCAUAUACGAGAGGUUUCAUAAAAAUAUGCGUGUUACAAUGA